AUGACACCACCAAAAAGAAGAGAAUCAUCUUCCUCAAUUACAAAUAUUCUUACAUUAAAUAAUCUUGAACUUGGAGCAACAGCAGGAGAAGUAAGAGGUGCUGGAGCAAUCUCGGAAGAAAAUGGCCUUGUUCAUCACCAACAUCAUCUCGAAGAUUCAGAACAUUAUCAUACUACUCAAGUAGAAAUAGAAAGUCAUUUUUCCACUGAUGAUGAAAUUAAUCAUCCUGGUAAUAAUUUCAAUGAUGAUCAAAUUAGUCAUUUACCAACAAUUAAAAUAAAAUAUCAUCGAUCAAAUUCAGUUCAUUCUAUUUCAUCAGCCAAUUCAUUUGAUGGUGCUAACAACAUUAGUGGGGAUAUUUCGUUGUUACCGACAAUCAAAGUUUUAGGUACUGGUGGAACAAUUGCGUCCAAAGGAGUAUCAUCACAUCAAACUGCAGGAUAUGAAGUUGAUUUAACUAUUGAAGAUUUAGUUUCUACUAUCCCUGAUUUAUCACAAACUUGUCAAUUAGAAUAUGAACAAGUAUUAAAUAUUGAUUCUAAAGAAAUGGAUAAUUCCUCAUUACUUAAACUUUAUCAUAAAAUUCAACUUGAUUUACCACAUUAUGAUGGGAUUGUCAUUACUCAUGGUACAGAUACCAUGGAAGAAACGGCAUUUUUUUUACAAUCAACCAUUAAUACUUUUAAACCAAUUGUAUUAUGUGGAUCUAUGAGACCAAGUACAGCAAUAUCUUCUGAUGGACCCAUGAAUUUAUAUCAAGCAAUAGCCAUUGCUUCGAAUCGAGAAAGUCGUGGUCGUGGAGUUUUAAUUGCUUUGAAUGAUAGAAUUGGUUCUGGAUUUUAUAUCACCAAAUCAAACGCUAAUUCUUUAGAUACUUUCAAAUCUAUUGGUCAAGGUUAUGUGGGAAAUUUUGUUAAUAAUGAAAUUAGAUAUUUUUUCCCUCCAGCAAAACCUUUAGGUUUAACCAUGUUUCAUAUAAAUGAUUUAUUUUCAUCAUCAUCUUCUUCUUCUGCUAUUGGCGGUAACGACAUUAUACCUUGUUUACCUGAAGUAACAAUAAUUUAUGCUCAUCAAGGAUUAAAUAAUGAAAUAUUUAAAUUUGUCAUUAAUGAUCUAAAAUCCAAGGGGAUUAUUUUAGCUACUAUGGGUGCUGGUAGUAUGUCAGAUAAAACUAAUCAAUAUUUAUCUGAUUUGUUAAUUAAUAAUCCUAAUUAUCCAAUUGUUUAUAGUAAACGAUCAAUGGAUGGGAUGGUUCCAAUUGGUUCAUUACCUAAAGUACUAGCAGUAAUAAAAGACGCCGCUGACAAUGGUAAACCGGCAACCAAAAAAGUUCCAUUUGUUAAUGCUAUAGCUGGUGGAUAUUUAAACCCACAAAAAGCAAGAAUAUUAUUACAAUUAUGUUUGAAUGAAGGUAUGGAUUUAUCAAAGAUUAAAAAUGUAUUCAAAACUGUAUAA